GAAGGUGGUUCGAUUGCAGGAUCGUCAGCCGAUGCCGUAACUCACGUCUAAUUGAAACAUGAAGCUGACGUUAACAGUCGCAAUACUGGCAGUCCUGCUCCUAGCAGGUGCUGAAGCUGAUACGCCAGCCAACUGUACCUACGGGGAAGUACUGGGCACUUGGACAUUUUAUGAAGGCGCCCGCACCUUCAGCAGCUCGGUAGCUUGCUCCUCGUACGAAAUUGUAAAUGAGGAAAAAAUACAUCUGUCGUACCCGAACGUAGCCACAGACAAAUUCGGAAAUAUCGGCACAUGGACACUCAUCUACAACCAGGGCUUCGAGGUCACUGUCAACGGCCGCUCCUACUUCGCUUUCUCGUACUACGAAGUUAAUAACGACUCGUCGGUGACCAGUUACUGCGACCGGACGUUCGACGGCUGGGCCCAUGACGUCACAGUGCGACACUGGUCCUGCUUCAAUGGCCAAAAAGACGAGCAACUGCCCGCCAAGACGCACGCCGCGCCAGCCGCAGCACUGGGACUCAAGAAAGAACUUAAGGUGACCGCUGCAGACCAGAAUCGGCUCAUCAAAGAAAUAAAUCAGGCGCAGCAUCUGUGGAAAGCCAAGGUGUACAAGCAGUUCAACGGCAUGUCAUACAAGGACCUGAUGAACAUGGGAGGAGCCCAAAGCCCUUCAGCACGGCACUGGCCGGAGCCUGCCCCAGUGACGGCGGAGCAGCGGCAGCGCGCCUCCUACCUGCCCAAGCACUGGGACUGGAGGGACGUCGAUGGCGUCAACUACGUGUCGCCUGUCAGGGAUCAGGCAAGUUGCGGCAGUUGCUACGCCUUCGCAUCGGCUGGCAUGAUCGAGGCUCGACUCCGCAUACAGACCAACAACACCGUCCAGACGGUCUUCUCCACGCAGGACGCGGUCAGCUGCACGCAGUUGGCCCAGGGUUGCUCAGGUGGAUUCGGCUACUUAAUAGCAGGACGUUACGGCAAGGACUAUGGCCUCGUGGAAGAGUCUUGUAAUCCCUAUCAGGGAAUAGACGCACAGUGUACCACUGACAGCUCCUGCCGCAGGCAUUACGUUUCUGACUACACGUAUAUUGGAGGUUACUACGGUGCGGGGAACGAGGUUCUCAUGCAAGAAGCACUUGUGCAGCGUGGACCUCUCGUUGUCGACUUCAUGGUGUUAAACGACUUCCGGUCCUACACCAGCGGCAUCUACAAGCACAUCGAAACAGCAGCCUCGACACGGGAAUUCAACCCCUUCGUCGAGACGAAUCAUGUUGUACUGCUGGUGGGCUAUGGUGUAGAUGAUGAGACUAAUGAGAAAUAUUGGAUAGUAAAGAACAGCUGGGGAGAGGAAUGGGGUGAAAAUGGAUACUUCAGAAUCAUUCGUGGCGUCAAUGAGGUCGGCAUUGAAAGUCUGCCUUUUGAAGCCACGCCCAUCCCUUGAGCUACUAGUGCCAAAUUUGUCACUAAAAGCAUUUACUAGCAAAAGAUUGAGCCUGUAAGUUGUGUUUCACACUGUUUUAUAUUUAUGCAGCAAAUGGUCUUUUCAAUAACAAUGUGUUCAUCUGAAAAUGUGAUAAGCAUUCGGUUGCAAAUGUAAGAGUUUUACAUAUUCACUUUAAUUUCAAAAUGGAUGUUUUCAGUGUACUGUGGUCUUUUGUAGCUUCAAACAGAGUUUUGCUAAUUGAUGAUACAAAAGUUCAGAAACAUUAAACAUAUAUGUUUGCUGCUUGAACAUAAAAAUUAAAAAACAUCAAUAAUUAGACAAAUAAAGCAGAACAUGCCAAAGUGUUUAAC